AUGUUGGCCAGCACGGCAUGCAAAAACACGCCUACAACCCAAUCGUGGAAAGAUCAGCGGGUCAGCUGGGAUCCCAAGAAUUACGGAGGCGUGGACAACGUGUUCCUCAACUCAACCGAGAUAUGGACGCCAUCAAUAAUCGAACUUUCUCCUUUGGAGUUGAGUAGACCCAGAGAUGCCAUGGUGUCCCUCACAAGCACCGGAGAGGCUUCGUGGUGCCCGCUCUAUUCAAUCAGCGCGAUAUGCGAGACGGACAUGAGUGACUUUCCGUUCGACCGACACGAGUGCAGGAUGGCCUUCACAAACGCAAUUUCUCAAGAGAAGAGUGUCAAUCUCACGUUGGUAGGCCAGCCUACCCUUCCCGAACAGGAACACUCAGAAUUCGCGGUUCUCUCCAUAGAAGGCAAGAGGACUCUGCUGAGUUUCAACAUGGGCGAGUUCGAGUAUCCCGAAAUCUCGUUCCACGUGCUGCUCCAGAGGCGCACGUCCCUGCAUCUGUUCACGGUCCUGUUGCCCACCGUCGCCGUGGUCUUGCUCUCGCUGCUUGUCUUCUGGCUUCCGCCUGAGUCGGAACGGAAGAUCACUCUCAUUGGAGCCGCCCUGCUGACGUCACUACUUUUGCUAUACAGAGUGGACAACAUCGUCUCGAGAUCGAGCAGCGUUCCCAAGAUCGUGAAAGUUCUUGGAGGCGGGGUAUUGAUGAACGCCCUCAUCGCGGCCACCACUGUCCUGAGCACAAACAUGGCCCGGAGUGCACCGUCCUGCGCGCUUCCCGUGUUCCUGGUCAAGUCAUCGGAGUUCGUGGCCCACCGGCUGCCCUGUCCUUGUCCAGCAGGCCGAUCGGCCAUCGGGGACGACGAAGCAGGGGUUCAGAACAAGUCGUACAACAACGCCGUGGCCCGCGAGUGGUACACGGCGGCCAGAGCUCUGGACCGUGUUCUGGGACUCGUCUUCGCGGCUGCUUAUGUCGCACUAUGCCUGUGACGUUUCCUUGCGAGACUUUCGUAAUGAUGCGCCAAGGCUCGACGUGUGCCAGCGGCACAUCAAUUUCCCUUUCAGACAAGAAAUGCACCUCCUACAGGAAUUUUAAUGAUCCAACUUGCUGAUUUUAUUAUCAGUGACACGUGCAAUUGGAAAAAUAUCUUCGUUGAUAACCCUCACCAUCCUCACUUUUCAUAAGCUAUAUAUUUUUGCACGCACAAUAAAAGCUUUGUUGGAGGUGGCGCCC